AUGUUCACGGUAGCUGCAGUCAAAAAAAGUUUGCGAAAGGAGGUUAAUAUGCAGCAGAUACAGCAGAUUCAGCAGAUGAAAUGGGUCAGUUGGGUUCCGAUUAAAGUGAACAUCUUGUUAUGGCGCAUUGAAAUGGACAGAGUGGCGACCCGUUUGGCUUUGGUGAAGAGAAAUAUACAGAUCCAGGAUACAUCGUGCCCACUGUGCAAUGUAGACGCAGAAACGUCUUCACACUUAUUUGUUAACUGUGGGUUUUCUUAUGGUGUGUGGAGUGCUAUUUGGGCUUGGUGCAAAUUGUACCCAGUUGGUUUUAACUCGAUCAAAGAGAUUCUAACAUGGAUGGAAUCGAUUCAAAUGUCAGUUUGGGGGAAGAAACUUAUUCGUGGGAUGGUGAUGAUUACUUGCUGGAGCUUAUGGAAAGAACGGAACAACAAAGUUUUCAAUGAUUCUACUCCUAAGGUGAUUGAGGUGGUUGCGAAUGUUAAAUCUUUGUCUUUUCUAUGGUUUAAAUAUAGAUCGAGUAGGUCCGAUAUUGAGUGGAAUGAGUGGGUGAAAUACCUGUUGUAUUGGUUGUUUGGGCGGGCCUUGUUUUGA